AGCCCGGGCGGCCGCGCCCCUUCGCCGCUCCGGCAGAGGCGCGGCGCCGAGACGGGCCGGCGCGGCCCGCGGGCCCGUGUCCCGCCUUUGUCUGGAGGCGGCCGCGUCCCGGCGCCGCCUCCCCGCGGCCCCCGGCCCGGCCCCGGCAGCAGAGCCCGCGGAGCGCGGCCGCGCCAUGGAAUCGGAGCCGGUGGAGGACUGCGUGCAAAACACGCUCUCGGCCCUGUACCCACCCUUCACCGCCACGGCGCCCACGCUGCUGGGCCAGGUCUUCGACGUGGUGGAGAAAACCUACCGCGAGGAUGCCCUGCGCUACACCCUCGAGUUCCUCGUGCCUGCCAAGCAUAUCCUGGCCCGCAUCCAGCAGGAGGCUUGCUCCCAGUACAGCGGGUUCGUGUUUUGCCACGAGGGCUGGCCGCUCUGCCUGCACGAGAAGAUCGUGGUCCAGCUCAGCUCCCUGCCUUGGCAGCAGCUCCGGCCCGGUGACUUCUACUUGCAGGUGGUGCCUUACCUGGCCCGGGCGCCCUGCCUGGUGCUGAAGUGCCUGGCGCCAGAUGGACACAGCAUCCAGGAGCUGCCAGUGCCUCCCGAGGCCUACCCAUUUCUCUUCACUGCCGAGUGGCUCAAUGGCAUCAAUAAGGACCGGCGCGCGGGGCGUCUGGAACGCUGUCUGCUGGCAGCUGAGGAGCGCGUGCUGCGCCUGCCCUGGACUGAGCUCAUCUGUCCACAGUUUGUGCAUGAAGGGGGCUUUAUGGUGGGCAGGCGAUGCCCACCAGGCACCAGCCCUGAGGGGCUGGGGGCACGGAGUCCAGGAGAUGGGCACCACUCCAGUGGGGAAAGCCGGGAGGUAGAGGGGGGCGGCCCAGAGGGGGAGUACGUGCAGCUCCUGGAGAUCAGCCCCCCCCGGCCCAAUGCCCCCCUGGCCUUUGUGCCCCCUGAUUCCCAGAGCCGCACCCUGCCUGCUCGCAAGGGCCACAACAAGGGCCGCAACCGGCGCCACCGGGCCUGGCUGCACCCCAAGCCAGGGCGUGAGGAGACCCUGCCCAGGAACCGGACCCGCAGAACUUGGGAAGGGGCACAUCUGGGAGGUGGCCAAGGCCAGGGGAGGGUGUUCCCCCAGGAUUGGGACAUGUCACGGCUGCCCAGAGCUAGGGCAGGGCAGAGAUGCAGCCAAGGGGAUGGCGAGGACCAGGGGGCAGAUGUGCCCUUUGCUGUGGACACACAGAAAUCAGGCAAGGAGGGAUGUUUGCCCAGAGAGGGGCAGCCAGUGGGAGACCCCGGUGAAGGGUGUUUGCCCGGGAAGGAAAUAUGGGAAGGAGGUCCUGGAGAGGGAGAGCAGGGAGGAGACCCCAGGGAGGGCUGUGUACCCAGAGAGGAGAAGCAGGGAGGGGACUCCAGAGAGGAGCAUUUCCCCAGGCAGGAGAGUGUGCCAAGGGAGACAGAGAGACAAGGAGAAGCCAGGGAGGGGCAGAGAGAAGGGGACUGUGCAGACAGGCAGCUGAGGAGGGGUCUGGUGGAAGGGCAGCAGGCAGUAGACCCAGGGGAGAGGCAAUCUGGAGGGGUCCUGAGGGAGGCACAGCAGGGAGAGGACCCUGGUGGGACAGCCACCUCCCUCCAGCCUAAUGCUGUCGGAGCACCAGCCAAGGCCAAGCCACCAGACUUGAGCGAGGGGCUGGGGCCAGCUGGACCCCCUUGCCCUGGGCAGAGGGAACAGAGCCCCCCGAGUGGCUUCGGAGGGGUGGCUCCUGACACAGAGACAGCACCAGCCAGGGCUCACCUGCAGGCAGGGGGUGACAGAAGCUGCCCCCCAGCCCCAGCAACACCACAUCGGGCCCCCAGGGGCAAUCGCCGGAGGAAGAAGUGGGGUGGGAGAGGCUGCUCCACUGCUGGAGGCAGGAAGGAGUCUGUGCCCGCAAGGGAGCUGGCCGUCCCUGCCAGCAAUGGGCAGGGGUGCAUUCCCCAGGGGUCUGAAUUGCCUAGCACUGCUGCCAAAGUAAAAAGCCAGGUGCCGUGUGGGACUGGGAAAGAGAGUGUCCCCACUGACACUGGGGUCCCAAACACCCUUGCCAUGGGAGAAGAGGGCAUCCCUGAGAGCCAGGAGGAGGGGGCUGGCACUGACGUCCCAAGGCACGAGGCUGGCACGAUGGUCAAAACUGGGGAGUCCACCCAGCAGGACGGAGUUGUCCCUGGAGAGGCGGAUAUCCCCACCCCCCUUGCAAUACCCAGCACCGAGGGUAUGGGAGGUGAGGGUGCCCCUGCCAGUCCAGGGCAUGCGGCCUCCCAAGCCAACACGGAGGAAAAGACCAUGGCCACGGUCCCCAGCCCACAGACCAGCGCGGGGGAAAAGCUCAUCACCGGAUCCCUGAAGCAGAUGGAGCCUGUUGUGGCUGGAGAAGUCUCAGCAGAGAAUGCCCAUCCCCCUGAGGGAGCAACAGAGCCCAGCUGCCCCCCUGGCUCCCUGCCCUCCACCUCAGCUGUCCUUGGGCAAGAUGUGGACUGGGACCUCCUGCGCUCUGGCAUCUUCCAGCUGACAGGAGGCAUGGACCGGGCCGGAAGGGCUGUGCUGGCCGUCACCCCGCCACCCCCAGGGGAUCCAGCCCAAGCCCUGUCCCAAGAGGAGUUCAUCAAGGCCCUGAGAUACCUGCACUCGCUGCUCAGGAAAGAACAGCAGGAGCUGGGGUUGACGGUGCUGCUGGACCUGCGGCAGGGGGGGCUCUUGUCCCCCCACUCCCCUGCGCUACUGGCAGCCCUGCAGGAGCUGCAGGAGGUGUCCCCAGCGCUCGUGAACCGCCUGCUGGUGCUGGCCCCGCCGGGGGACCCUGGGAAGCUGGCACUCACUCAGGAGAUGCUUGUGCUCUCUGUCGCCGACCUGCCCCGCUUCGUGGAGCCCCAGCACCUGCAGCAGUGUUUGGGGGGCAGCCUGCAGCACUCGCAGGCCCAGUGGGUGGCAUCGUGCCAGGCGCUGGAACAGCUGUGCAGACUCUGCCGGGGCGUGCUAUGCUCGGUGCAGGCAGCCAGCGUCGAGGUGGAGGAAGGGUCAGGAGCAGAGAAGAGCAAUGAGGAGCUGACUGCUCAAAUUGCCAGGCACCAGGACACCAUGCGCAAGCUGUUGUCGGAUGCACGCUUGCUGGAGCUGCAGAGCGAGGGAGGAGCCCUGCUAGCCCGGCUGUGUCCCUGGGAAGCCCUCAGCGGCCUGGCUGAGACGGCUUCCAGCCUCUACCAGGAGGUGGACAACGCCAUCCACAGGCUGGUGCAGCUCAGCAAUCGGCGCCUAGGGGAACUGGAGCAGCUGCGCCAGCACCAGGAGAUCGGACAGGCCCAGGAUGGGAGCCUGGAAGAUGAGCAGUGCCUGGCCGCUCCUGAGGACGAUGAGGGGCCAAAGGCUGUGUAUGGGGCGCUCAGCCAGCACCAUCAGCCCCCCGCUGACGCCUCAGGCAGCGUCUGCCAGGAGAUGCAGGCGCUGGCCCUGCAAAACCCCCGGGCCGCGCAGGAGUGGGGGCGCUGCCGAGCCCGCUGCCAGGAGCUGGGCUGCCUGCUGCAGAGGAGGAUGCGGGCAGCCCUGCAGCCUGCCUCGCCACCCCGCCGCCGGGCCGGCAGCACCAGUGCCUCCUGCUCACCCCAGCACCCGCUGCGAGGCCUGGGCACUGGGUUGGGCUCCUCCCGCAGCAUGAGCUGCGUACUGCCCCCACCCAGCAGCCCCUUGCCCAGUCUGCAAGUGGCACCCUCCUGCCAGUCGCUGGGACCUGCCAGAGAGCUGGAAGAAGACAGCGGGAAGGAGCGGGGCCCCAGCCCCACAGAUGCAACCCCCAGCUCCUUCUUCCAAGCCCCCACCCUGCCAGCAGGCAGCUCCCCUCCUGUGGGCACACCACCCCUCUGCCGGCCCUCCUCCAGGGGACCCCCUGCUACUCAGAGGGCACUGAGCGAGCCGGGUCCCGGCAGCCCCCGCCCUGGCGUCCACAUCCGAGGCCUGGAGGUGAGCAGCCGGGAGGUGGUGGACAGGACCUGCUCUCCCCGGGAGCAUGUCAUGCUGGGCCGCACUGGCGCCCAGAGAGCCGAGGCACCCUGGGGAGGCACACCCAGCACCGAGAGGAAGCGUCGCCUGGGCACCCAGCAACAUUUGGUGGCUGAGCUGAUCACACUGGAGCAGGAGUACGUGAGCUGCCUAGUAGAGCUGCUGCCUCUGGGCGUCGGACACCAGGAGCUGGCCUCGGAGCUGAGGCACGAGUGCAGCACAUUGCAGGGCCUCCGGGACCGCCUGCUGGCCUUCCACCGUGCCUACUUCCUCAAGGAGCUGCAGGGCUGCACCAUCCACCCCCUGCGCGUGGGCAGCUGCUUUCUGCGCUAUGGGGACCAGUUCAGUCUCUAUGCCCUCUAUGUGAAAAGCCAGCAGAAGCUCGAGGCCAUGUUCACAACUCAGCGAGUGCACAGCAAGGGUGGGCCCGGUGGGCUGGAGGGGCUCUGGGAAGAUGGGGGACUGGCGCGCUCUCUCCAGAGGCCCCUGCUCCAGCUGGAGCACUACGGACGCUUCCUGGAGGAGCUGCUGCGGGAGAGCGGUGCAGAGCAGACGCAGGAGCGCGAGGCCCUGCGGGCAGCGCAGCAGCUCCUGGAGUCCCAGGAGCAGCAUGGCAGGAACCUGCUGGCCGUGGAGCAGAUCCGAGGCUGUGAGAUGGACCUGAGGGUCCAGGGACAACUGCUGCAUCGGGAUGAGUUCACUGUGUUGUGUGGGCGCCGCAAGUGCCAGCGCCACAUCUUCCUCUUCGAACACCUGCUGCUCUUCAGCAAACGCAAGGGUCCCGAGGCCGGCCUGGACGUCUUUGUCUACAAGCAGGCCUUCAAGACGGCCGAUAUGGGACUGACGGAGAACAUUGGGGAGAGCGGGCUGCGCUUUGAGCUGUGGUUCCGGCGCCGCAAGUCACGGGAGGCCUAUACCCUUCAGGCAGCCUCGCCAGAGGUCAAGCACAAGUGGACUAGUGCUGUGGCCCAGCUACUCUGGAGGCAGGCCACACUCAGCAAGGAGCUGCGCAUCCAAGAGAUGGUCUCCAAGGGCAUUGGCGACAAGCCUUUCCUGGACAUCCAGGCUCAUAGCCAGGGCCACCUGAGUGCUCUGCUCAUGGGCAGAGCUGCCCGCACACGUGCCUCUGUGGCUGUCUCCUCCUUUGGUGUGGCCCCAUGCUCCCCGCCAGCUGCCACCUCAUCCCCACGCUCAGGCCCUAGCCCCCUCAGCCUGUUCUGUGAUGCCAGCCCAGUGACUUCUGCAGGGCACUCACCUGGAGGCUGCUCACUGCCUGGGCACUUGGAGGAGGAAGACUGGGAACUGGACAUCAAGCAUAUCCCACGGGUGGCUGAGAUGCCCGAGAGUGGAGAAGGCACCCCAGCACAAGGGGAGCCAUGCCUUGGAGGCAUGGAGUUGCCAGGGGGCUCUGCCCCAGUGCAGCGUCGACCGAGCUGGGUGAAAAGCCUGCACCGGAAGCUGUUUCUACCACGCAGCCGCACGGGACGGGACGAGAGCCCAGGGGCUGCCAGAAACCGGACGGUCUGAGAAACCUCAUGCUGCAGACCUCUGGCAUGGGGCUGAACAUGGACACCCCAACCGCCUGCUCUACCCACACAGGGGCUCCUCACCUCUGCCUCUCCACUAAAACCAUGUGUCCCUACUAAAAUAAGGCCCAUUUUCAGCCCUUGGCCGCUACGGCCCUCCUUUCCAUUCCUCCCACCUUAACCUGUCCACAGUGGGGAGGAGGUACCAGGCCUUUUCCUGUUGUCUGAUGAAGGGAAGUGCAGGAAGCAUCUCCCCCUCACAAAGGGAGGACAGAGGGAGACCCAUAGCAUGGCCCAGGCGACAGGGAAUGCCCCACGCUCAACCUAUACAUUGGGCUGCCCCUAGCAUGGACACCUGCCAGCUCAUGUGGAGACACAAACUCCCCUGAGCACUGAUCCUGAUCCCACCAGGUGGGAUUUUCCACCCAGGGGAAUCCCAGCAGAGGCCAGGCUGUGUUAGUGCCAUUGCACGAGGCCUCAUUCUGCAAAAAAAAUCAAGUAUUUCUCACCAACAGAAAUACCCCGUGGGCUUCUGACAUGGUGCUAAAUUAGUUUGUGAAGGUGGAUUCGUAAUGCCCAACCCUCUACCCACCCCCACCCACUCAAGGAUCCCUGCACACACCAGCUUGUGAAGGUGCCAAUCCCACUCAUGCUUAUACAGCUCUGCUUGCGUGGAUGCUGCCUGUCCUCUGCAGACAAACACCCCCUUGCCUGAAUUCCAGCCUGAAGGGAGCUUCCUGUAAUCUGAGUGUCAUGGAAAAGUCUGUUGGGGAUCAGGAACUGAAUGUGAGCUCAGAAGGGCCUGCCUUAUUUGCAUGUUCAAAAUCCCAUGGAGUCCGGCACAGCCCAGCUGACCGAGGCUGUUCCUCAUUCUUUAUUGGCAUGUCCCACUGUGCGUGAGUACAAUGGGCAGUCAUGCCCCAUCCUUGGCCCUCUAAAAGGACGGGGAAAUCAGUGCCUGGGAAGACUAGCAUUAGAGUAGAUUGGGUGCGUCUACGUGUUCAUUAAUGUGCCAUAGCUACUGUGCAUUAAGUUGAGUACUUGGUUAACCAGGUACGAAAUAAAUGUGCAGUAACUCAACACUACUGCGCAGUAAUGCCAGCGCACGGUUUUUAGUGAUGUUUACUGCGCAGUAGCCUAAUUACACUGCACAGUAGCAUAUCAGCACGGGUUUUGCCCGGCACACUACUGCGCAGUAGGAGUCUUGUGUAGAUGUGCCCAUUGUGUCUAAAAGGGAAGGGAAACAUAAGUCCUUUAUGCACGCGGGUGCACGUGCACCCCCUGAGAUUGACGGUGCAGCCCCUGAAAGCACUGUUGGCAGUGCCUGUGGGCAGUCACCGCUCACCCCUCUCCCCCAACACCGCCAGUGGCGUCUGCGGGCAGUCGCUGAUCGCCGCUGGCUGCCGCCGAUGCACCUGCAGGUGGUUGCUGACCGCUGAUUGGCACUCGCCACCACCCCCUGCCGCAUCCACCUGCAGGCAGUCGCCGGGGCAUGCGUCGUUCAUGCCUUUACUUUCCAAGCAAACUGGAGCAUUACGGGAAAUGUUGUGUAUAGAAGGAGUGAGGUGUCGUGGGAAAGUCUGUGCCUGGCAAACUGGAUAAUUAUGGGAAAUUCUGUGCCUGGGGAACCUGCAGCAUUGUAGGAAAUUCGCUUCCAUGAGGAACUAGGACAUUGAAGGCAAUUUCCUCUCUGGGAGAUAUGAAGCAUCCUGGGAAACCCCAUUCCUGGUAGACUGGAGCAUCCUGGGACUAAAGCAUGGGAAAUUCUGUGCCUGUGGACAUGAAAGCAUUAUGGGAACUUCCCUGAAGGGGUGGGGGGUGGCAGGGUGAGGUAGGGAAUUAGCAUCACGGGAUAUAUGCCUGACAGACUGGAACACCGUGAGGACUCAGUUACGCCAACUCUCAUGUUGGGGUGACACGUAUACAAAUAUUCAUGACUAUAUGUACAAUGUAUAACCUGCGGGAGAGAGAGCCAGCAGGGCAUGGCUGCCAUUGUGGGUGAAAGCAGGGUUGGGUUGCCAAGGUGUGGUCAUAUGCCAAAUACAGCACCAGCCCCGAGGACACCCCCUCUUGGGGGUCUCAGAGAAGGCUGGGGUUUUGCCAAGGAGCUAGGCUCUGUAUGCACUCCCACUGUUUAUCCUGUGUAUUAAUAAAGCAGAGAUACUAGCCAUCA